GGGAGGGGGAAGCUUUCUGGCGCGGACCGCGAGCGGAGGCUGAGAGCGCCGCCGCCGGAGAAGACCGACCCUCGGCCAGAGCCAGCCUGCGGCGCCCGGGCCUGGCUGGCUGCUUCCCGCCUCAGCCGCUUCUCCGGCUCCCGCCGCCGCAGACACUGUCCAAGAGGGUGCGGCAGAACGCGAGGUCCUACGGCCCAGCCCGGUCCGGUGCGGCCCGGAUCCGUGGCACGGGAGGACCCUACUGUGGACAUGAGUCGGUAAUGCCCACUGAGGACUUCUGGGAGCCAUGUCAGACGAAUCCGCCUCAGGGAGCGAUCCAGACCUGGACCCGGACGUGGAGCUGGAGGAUGAGGAAGAGGAGGAGGAGGAGGAGGAGGAGGUGGCAGUGGAGGAGCAUGACAGGGAUGACGAGGAAGGCCUGCUGGAUGACACAUCCCUGGAAGGCAUGUGUGGCACUGAGCAUGCCCAGCUGGGGGAAGAUGGGCAGCGGCCGCCGCGGUGCACUUCAACUACCUCAUCUCAGUCUGAGCCUUCAGAGCAGCUUAGGCACCAAGGCAAGAUCCUAGCAUCCGAGGACCCCAAAAAGAAGCGAGCUCAGAAGCCCUCUCACAUGAGAAGAAACAUACGAAAGCUACUCCGGGAGGAUCAGUUGGAGCCCGUAACCAAAGCAGCACAGCAGGAAGAAUUGGAAAGAAGAAAGCGCCUGGAGCAGCAGAGGAAAGAAUAUGCAGCCCCCAUUCCUACUGUCCCUUUGGAGUUCCUACCUGAGGAAAUUGUCUUACGAGCUAGUGAUGGUCCCCAACUCCCACCUCGGGUCUUAGCCCAGGAAGUCAUUUGUUUGGACAGUAGCAGUGGCAGUGAGGAUGAAAAGAGUAGUCGAGACGAGGUAAUUGAGCUGAGUUCUGGAGAGGAGGAUACGCUGCACAUCGUGGACAGCAGUGAGUCUGUCAGCGAGGAGGACGAGGAAGAGGAGAAGGGUGGCACCCAUGUGAAUGACGCCUUAAACCAGCAUGAUGCUCUCGGGCGGGUCCUUGUCAACCUGAAUCACCCUCCAGAGGAGGAGAAUGUCUUCCUGGCCCCCCAGUUGGCACGGGCUGUGAAACCUCAUCAGAUUGGUGGGAUCCGGUUCCUAUAUGAUAACCUAGUGGAGUCCUUAGAAAGGUUUAAGACCAGUAGUGGCUUUGGCUGUAUCCUGGCCCAUAGCAUGGGCCUGGGGAAAACUCUGCAAGUGAUCUCCUUCAUUGAUGUCCUUUUCCGCCAUACGCCAGCCAAAACAGUCCUUGCCAUUGUGCCGGUGAACACUCUUCAGAAUUGGUUGGCAGAGUUCAACAUGUGGCUCCCGGCUCCUGAAGCCCUCCCAGCCGACAGCAAGCCUGAAGAAGUCCAGCCUCGGUUCUUUAAAGUUCAUAUCUUGAAUGAUGAACACAAGACGGUGGCAUCCCGUGCUAAAGUGACGGCUGAUUGGGUUUCAGAGGGUGGAGUGCUACUGAUGGGGUAUGAGAUGUACAGACUACUCACACUGAAGAAGUCCUUAGCCACAAGUAGGCCGAAGAAAACCAAGAAACGCUCUCAUCCCGUCAUCAUUGAUCUGGAUGAAGAAGACCGGCAGCAGGAGUUCCGGAGAGAGUUUGAGAAGGCCUUAUGCCGCCCUGGUCCUGAUGUGGUGAUCUGUGACGAGGGACACCGCAUCAAAAAUUGCCAAGCCAGCACCUCACAGGCUCUGAAGAACAUACGUUCUCGUCGGCGGGUAGUGCUGACUGGCUACCCUCUACAGAACAACCUCAUUGAGUACUGGUGCAUGGUGGACUUUGUGCGCCCAGAUUUCCUUGGUACUCGUCAGGAGUUUAGCAACAUGUUUGAACGCCCUAUCCUAAACGGACAGUGUAUUGACAGCACACCUCAGGAUGUCCGCCUCAUGCGCUACCGGAGCCAUGUUUUGCACAGCCUCCUGGAGGGCUUUGUGCAGAGGAGAGGCCACACUGUGUUGAAGAUUCACCUCCCUGCCAAAGAAGAGAAUGUGAUCCUGGUGCGGCUUUCUCAGAUCCAGCGAGAUUUGUACACACAAUUCAUGGACCGUUUCCGGGAUUGUGGUACCAGUGGCUGGUUAGGGCUGAAUCCUCUGAAGGCUUUCUGUGUAUGCUGCAAGAUCUGGAACCAUCCUGAUGUGCUGUAUGAAGCCCUUCAGAAGGAAAACCUAGCCAAUGAGCAAGACCUAGAUGUGGAAGAACUUGGCUCAGCGGGGACCAGUGCCCGCUGCCCACCACAUGGCACAAAAGUCAAGGGAGAAGAUAGUGCCUUGCCUUCCUCAAUGGGAGAAGCAACCAACAGCAAGUUCCUACAGGGAGUUGGCUUUAACCCUUUCCAGGAACGGGGCAAUAACAUUGUUACAUAUGAGUGGGCCAAGGAGCUUCUGACUAAUUAUCAGACUGGAGUCCUGGAGAACUCUCCCAAGAUGGUACUGCUUUUCCACCUGAUUGAAGAAAGCGUGAAGCUCGGGGACAAGAUUCUUGUAUUUAGCCAGAGCCUUUCUACCUUGGCUCUCAUCGAGGAGUUCCUAGGGAAACGAGACAUGCCUUGUCUGCCUGGUGCCGAGGGGCAAGGAACACAGAAGUGGGUUCGAAAUGUCAGCUACUUCCGGCUAGAUGGUAGCACCCCUGCCUUUGAGAGGGAGCGGCUCAUUAAUCAGUUCAAUGAUCCCAGCAACCUCACCACCUGGCUGUUCCUUCUCUCCACAAGGGCCGGAUGCUUGGGGGUGAAUCUGAUUGGUGCCAAUCGAGUGGUGGUAUUCGAUGCUUCCUGGAACCCUUGCCAUGAUGCCCAGGCAGUAUGUCGGGUAUACCGUUAUGGCCAGAAAAAGCCCUGUCACAUCUAUCGACUCGUGGCUGAUUAUACUCUUGAGAAGAAGAUAUAUGACCGGCAGAUUUCCAAGCAGGGCAUGUCAGAUCGGGUAGUGGAUGAUCUAAAUCCAAUGCUGAACUUCACCCGGAAGGAAGUGGAAAACCUGCUGCACUUUGUUGAGAAGGAGCCAGCUCCCCAAACAUCUUUGGAUAUAAAGGGGAUCAAGGAGUCAGUCUUGCAACUUGCCUGCCUGAAGUACCCUCACCUCAUCACCAAGGAGCCUUUUGAGCACGAGUCAUUGCUCCUCAACCGAAAAGAUCACAAGCUGACCAAAGCUGAGAAGAAAGCAGCAAAGAAAAGCUAUGAGGAGGACAAACGCACAUCAGUACCCUAUACCCGCCCAUCAUAUGCACAGUAUUACCCUGCCAGCGACCAGAGCCUGACCAGCAUCCCUGCCUUCAGUCAGAGGAACUGGCAGCCAACACUGAAGGGUGAUGAAAAGCCUGUGGCCAGCGUUCGUCCUGUACAGUCCACCCCCAUUCCCAUGAUGCCCCGGCAUGUCCCACUCAGUGGUGGUGUAAGCUCUGCCUCCAGCACAAAUACAUCCAUGAACUUCCCUAUCAACUACUUGCAGCGGGCAGGAGUCCUUGUGCAGAAAGUGGUUACCACGACAGAUAUUGUUAUCCCUGGACUCAACAGCUCCACAGAUGUUCAGGCAAGAAUCAAUGCUGGUGAGAGCAUCCACAUCAUCCGAGGGACGAAAGGGACAUACAUCCGCACCAGUGAUGGACGCAUCUUUGCUGUCCGGGCGACCGGCAAACCAAAGGCCCCUGAAGAUGGUCGGAUGGCUGCCUCAGGUUCCCAGGGGCCUUCUCUUGCGUCCACAAGCAAUGGCAGACAUAGUGCCUCAUCACCCAAAGCCCCUGACCCCGAGGGGCUGGCCCGGCCGGUCUCUCCUGACAGCCCAGAAAUCAUCAGUGAACUCCAGCAGUAUGCAGAUGUGGCCGCUGCUCGGGAAUCCCGGCAGAGCUCCCCAAGCGUCAGUGCUGCCCUGCCUGGGCCCCCGGGCCAGCUUAUGGACAACAGCACCAUUCCUGGGACAGCUCUUGGAACUGAGCCAUGCCUUGGGGGUCAUUGCCUCAAUAGUUCCCUCUUGGUGACUGGCCAGCCCAGUGGUGGCAGGCACCCAGUGCUGGACUUAAGGGGCCAUAAGCGAAAGUUGGCUACUCCGUCUGUCACCCAGGAAUCAGUCCGUCGACGGUCCAGGAAGGGCCAUCUGCCAGCCCCCGUGCAGCCCUAUGAACAUGGGUAUCCAGUCUCUGGCGGGUUUGCAAUGCCGCCUGUCUCCUUAAAUCAUAACCUCACCACCCCCUUCACCUCCCAGGCUGGGGAGAAUUCCCUAUUUAUGGGCAGUAAUCCCUCCUACUACCAGCUGUCCAAUUUGCUGGCAGAUGCCCGCCUGGUGUUUCCAGUGACUACUGACCCUCUGGUGCCAGCAGGCCCUGUCAGUUCCUCUUCCACGGCUACCUCAGUCACUGCCAGCAACCCCUCCUUCAUGCUCAACCCCUCCGUGCCAGGGAUGCUACCCAGCUAUUCACUCCCAUUCUCACAGCCACUCCUGUCCGAGCCCAGGAUGUUUGCGCCUUUCCCUUCCCCCGGCUUGCCCAGCAACCUUUCUCGGGGCGUGUCUGUCUACCCAGGCUAUAUGUCCCCACAUGCAGGCUACCCAGCUGGUGGCCUCCUCCGGUCCCAGGUGCCUCCAUUUGACUCGCAUGAGGUGGCGGAGGUGGGGUUCAGCUCCAAUGAUGAUGAGGAUAAAGAUGAUGAUGUGAUAGAGGUCACUGGGAAGUAGCUAGGAAGCCCCUGCCACCUCACUUGGGGCCCCUAGGAGGUUGCCCACCAAACUGGAAGGCAAUGAAUCUGGUCUUUCUGAAAAUAGGGUACUUGGAGGGAAAAGAAGACAAAGGAGAGUGGUUGGCCAUAAUGGCAGGCUCUAUUGCUGUUCAUUAGAAGAAAAAAGAAAAGACCCCAGAAACUCCACAGAGCUGUAAUAGUGGGAAAUCAGGGACCGAAAACAGGGAUGGGGUGUGUGGCAGCCUGCCCUUCCUUCCUGUCUUUCUUCUGCUGUCUGCUUAGAUGCCCAUUUGAGUGUAGAAGCGCAUAUCCCAUUCUGCCUUUGGGAACGUCUCUCCCAAGAAAUCUGCCUGAGUUACUUAGUUUGGCCUGAGGGUGGAAGAAGACUGAGGGCGGGCAUGGGGAGCAGAUUCCACAGGGAGGGUAUCUCUUAGGAGGUGGGAAGGAAGUGAACCAGGCCGUGUGUGUGUGUGUGUGUGUGUGUGUGUGUGUGUGUGUGUGUGUGUGUGUGUGUGUGUGUGUGUACUCAUGCAUGAAAGAGAGAACAUGUAUGUAGCAGAACAAGGGUGAAAGUGGGAGGGCAGGGAAGGGAAAAACUAAGAGUAAACUAAAAAGAAAUGAAUUGAUCUUUUUUGAAGUGUCAGUCAGAGUGUGAGGGUUUAUGGCUACUGAGUUAGACAUCACAGUGAGUCCAGGAGAAGAGCAUGGAAGCCAGUUUCCUUCUAGCUAGGUGAAGAGAAGGCUGGCCUAACUUAAGUCCCACAUUGGUUUUUUAAGUUGGGGAAAAUCAUGAGAAAGUGAGUGUUUCCGAUCUCUUAUUCUCUCCACAGUGGCCAUCUCUGAGCAGAUGUCCCUUUCCACGUGGGCACAAAGUGCACUGCAGUGUGAGGGUGAGGUGGCGUUGUGGCUGGAAAAGAUGUGCUUCACCGGGACAGGACUGAACCCCUUCAGCUGCCUGUCUUGGUGGCCUUUCCUCUUCUUUCCCUCCCCAUUAGAAAGCUCCAUGUUAAUUUAUUUCUUAUGGACAAUUAUUUAUUAUUUUCAUUUGGGGACAAGGGUGGUGGGUGGAGGUUAUAAAGAAGAUAGCAGAUAGUAAAGGAAGUUCUUAAAUAUUCCAGACCCCCAGCUGCUGGUCAAAAACAGAAAGGGAGAGAAGGGUCCGAGGCAGAUGGUGAAUUAAUUGACCAUGGAAAGAGAAUUAGAAUUAACCAAAAGUUCGAUUAAACAGCUAUGUUGUGGGGAGAUGGCCUCUCAGGAAAAUCAGGGUGCCCUGAGACUGGCUAGUUGGGGGUGGUGAGACUCAUUCCAUAGAAACUGAAACUUGGGAUCAUGGACUUUGCUACUGGGAAGUAAGUAACCUCCACAUUUGGAACUAUUGUCCUCUGAUGAUUUCACAGGCCAGUUCUCUGCUGAAAAGUGAAGCUGUGGGUAGGUAGCCUGGGUUGAGGUAAUAGACUGUUGAUUUUGAGUUGGGGCUUGUCUUGGCCUCCCUAGCAUUUCAGGUGAUCAGUAUGGGCCUGGUUUCUGGUCCCUCCAUUUCUCUAAGUAUCACAGGGAAGCCCUUCCUCUGUAGGAGUCUUACGUCUGGCUUUUUUUUUUUUUUUAAAGAGUACGAACACGAGUCAUUCUGGUCUCCCUUCCUUUGUUUCAAAUACCACGGCAGGGGUGUCUAGUGCUUAAACAUAAACACUGGCUGUUUUCUAUUACUGGUGUGUCCUGCGUCCUAUAGCCCUCUGUCUCCCAAGCUUUUCCAUGCAGCCCUUUGAUUAAUAACUCCUGUCUGGCUUUACCUCCUUCCCUUGGCUCCAACCUGGUUGGGCAAUGGCUAGAUCUGCCUCCUAGUCCAAAAGUAUCUUAAGCACUGCCUGUGACUCUUGACUAGCGACUUCUCAUUGUUAGGGGGAAAGGAGGGAGCUUAAAGGCAGACACUGGGAUUGUCCCAGAGACAAGGAGAGAGAUGGUUGAUGGGGUGUGUGUACUGUCCAGUAACACCAAAGUGGACUUGUGCUUUCUCUGUUUUCAUGUGCACCCUGUCAGACUUAACUCUUCUACUCAUAGAAGCCUUAGAUCUACAAUUUAGCUAUGCAAAUUAUCUGUAACAAUUUAAAAAUAGCAGUUUCAACCAGUGCUUUCUCAGUCAAAUGUAGUCCAAGAAUCGAUAGUCAAGGCAUUUAAUUGGCGUGGGUUCUGAGGUUGGGGCUGGUACAGUGGGAGCGAGCGAGUCCAGAUCUCUAUAACUUGUAGAACGCAUUCAGAGCUUGGGUUACAUGGAUGUCCCUCAGACCUCGGAACACUGAGCUCCCAGAGUUGUCUCUGUUACAUGGACUCCUCUCAGACAUUGGAAUACUGAGUUCCCAGAGUUGUAUGUCUGUGUGUAUGCCCUGCUAGCCAGGAAGAGGGCUGUUUCUGUGUUCACAAAUAGUAAAUUAGUAGAAACAAUUUCAGUAGGGAACUGGAACUGGUUUUUAAGCAGCCAGGAAGUAAAUGGGAAUUCUGAGAGGAACACGUGACUGCUGUACACUCCAGCAGUCAUCCUGGGCUUGGAGCGUACUUCAUCUUUGCAGCAGCCAUAACUCUAGACAGGCCUCCUGGCUAAAGGUUUCUCUGUGAUAACAUGCAGCUUAUGUUGUAUAAGGGUGGGGGUGAGAUCAUAGGAGAUUGAAUUGCUUACUAGCUCCAUGGGCUUUGGCAACUCCCCUCCCUCCAACAACCCUAAAUAUCCUGCUUUUCAAAUGGACUUAUGGGGAAGUGUGCAUGCGCACCAAGCAUGAGCAUGUGCUGAGGGAAGCAGGAACCUCACAAUCUAUUGUGCUUAGAUUGGAAACCCGAGGUGGUAGUGGGUAUACCAGCUAUGCUUGUAAUCCUAGCCCUCAAGAAACUGAAGCAGGAAGACCAUUUUGGGCUAUGUAUACAGUGAGACCAUGUCUUUCAUGGAAUGUUUUAAGGGUCUCAAGAAGCCCAGUCACUCUGGUGUAUUCUAAAUCCCUGUUCUCUUUAACACUACUAAAUGAUGCAGAUACUUGCUACCUUAGGUCUGCUGUGUCCCCUCUGGGAGGGAUGGGGUAGCUAUUGAAGAAAGUAAGUGAACCACAUUAGGUCAGAGCCUUCUUAAUGGCUUAUCUCUUUAGUCCUUACCCCUUGAGUAACGCUACUUAAGUAUCUGUAUUCCUGGCUUAAAGAUUUUGUCUGGAACUCUUGUAGGAAUUAAUGUGUGGAUCAUAUAUUUAUAACUUACAACUAAAACUGAAGUUUCCCACUCUGGGAGCGUGAAGCAAGGAGCUGGGGUCUGUUUUGCUGAUUAGUUGAAACAGAAGAUCAACCAUAGAGGUGGGACUGCAAGUCGCAGGCAGUCAGUAUCUUUAGGUGUGACAUCCAUGGCUCUGGAACUGAGUCCUUGUCUACAGGGGAAGGUUUUUCUGGGGCGUUACAUUCCUUGUUCCUACACAGACCUUUUGUUUCCCACUUCCCUUUGCUUUCCACAUGCCCAGGUCUGAACCAUGGUUUUCUGUGCACUCUCAGCUAGGUUGCUCUUUCCCAGUAUUACUGCUGGGAGAAGUCCCCUUCCCCGAGGAUGACUUUCUGGCUCCACUGCUGACUAGUUCCCAGGAAAUCAGCACCUUAAACGGCCAAUCUGCCAAGUGCUGACCUGCCCACUGCUCACCUUCAGACCCUUCUGCCCCUGUGUAUCCAAAUCGGUGUAAUCCCUCAACGUCUGUUCUGUGCCACUAGCUUGGCUUUAAGCCGUUUAUGAAUACGUGAGUCCUAUGAUGAUGAACUAAUACGCAGGCAGUGUCCACCCUCUUUGCUUUUCAGGGACCCAAGUCUGCGCCUUUCCCCUGCCAUGAGUCUGUUUGCUAUAGUCAUCUAGUGUGCUGGGGAGAGAGAGCCAGGCAGGCUGCAUAGUAAUCUACAAUGUAGAGGGCUGAGGGAGGUUUGGGCACUCUCUACUACCACUACUAGGAUGAUAUUCAGACAAGAGAGGACCUCAUACUGUGACCUGAACCCAGGACCCUCCCUGGAAGAGAGCUCAGCCCAGCUGUGUUUGAGUGAAUGUGUGUAUGUGUUUGCAUGUGUGUGCUCAUGUGCACUGUGGUGUAAAAUGACUGUUAUCUGGUUGUAACUCAGGGCAGGCUGGGGACUCACCAGAAGAUUCCUUCAGGCCUGCCCGAAACAGAUUUUUUUCCUUGUACCCUCUUCAGAGGGAUCAGAGAGAGGGUCCAGGUGGGUUGAAGGGGUUGCAACAGAUAACCACUAAGGCCACACUGCUGCCAGAGGAGUUGGGGGGGAGGGGGAGGGAGAUGAGGCUGCCCCAAGGCUCUGGUACCUGGCUUUAGUUUUCUGUCUUCUUUCCUCAGGAUGCCCCUGAGGCCCAGGACCUGUGCCUGGCUUAGAGGACCAUCUGUGGCUGGGUGGUCCAGCUGCUGGUGUGAUCAUGGGCUUCCCUCCUCUCUCAGCAGGGCAGACACGUCUGCUCCAGGGACUGGGCGACUGGCUGUUUCUAUGACGUAUUUAUUUUUACUUGUGUUUCAUGUCACUUUUUUAAAAAAAAAAAGCAAACAGAACAAUUGUAAGUCAGUAUAACUGCCUAUCAGUUUUCUUUAUUUCUCUUUUUGUAAAAUAAAGUUUAAACUCAA